UCAGGGGGUACCGCGCGAUGACGUAUCGGCCGCGCGCCGGGCCUCUUGCGCGCCUUUUUUUUUUUGGUGCCCGUCCCGGGGUGAUGACGUGGCGGCGCGGACGCGGGCGCCAUGAAGAGGCGACGCUCGAAGAGCAGACCAACGCCACACAGGCAACAGAAGAGCAAGAGAACGCUGGGAAACAAAAAGCCCAAGCAGUUGGAGGAGUUUGAAGCCAGCGUUCUAGAGUCAAACAGUAACUACGAUGAGCCCUGCAGUGACUCUUCUUCCACCUCUUCCAAGGGGCAAGUGAACGGGGACUCGGAGCCAGGGGACAAGGAGCCUGUUCGCAGAUCCACUUGCUGGGUGGAAAUGAGAAGGAUAAAAAUAGCUGGUAACAAGUCCUCUGAGAAGAAAGCUGGAGAAACCCUUUCUAAAGAGAAGAGAAAACCAGAGCCUGGAGAAACCCCCUCUAAAGAGAAGAGGAAACUGGAGCACGAGGAGGAUGAGGACUCUGAAGAAGCUCCCAGGAAGAAGCAGAAAGUUCCUGCCAGGAAGAAGCAUCGAGCUCGGGCACAGCAGACUCCAAAAGCGAAAGGGCGCUAUGUACAGAAAGAUCCCCCGAGCUACGAGGCAGCAGGAAGCAGGGAGGACCAGUGGCACCUGGAGAUCCUCGAUAAGGGCCGCAUCACCUGCCCAACCUGCAAAGUCGUGGUGAGGAAGACUGUGGAGGGGCUGAAGAAGCACAUGACAAAUUGCAGCCAGGAAAUGUUCUCGUGUGAUCACUGUGAGAAGCAGCUCAAGUCGGCGGCAGGAAUGAAAUACCACGUCAUGGCGGAUCACAACAACCUGCCAGCUGCGAAGGAGGGGAGUGAGUCAGAUGAGCAGCACGAGCGAGACCAGCUGCGGAAGGUGCUGAAGCGCAUGGGCAAGCUCAAGUGCACGAGGGAGGGCUGCACGGGCAGCUUCACCAGCAUCAUGGGCUACCUGUACCACAUCCAGAAGUGCGGGAAGGCUGCUGCUGAGCUGGAGAAGAUGACCCUGAAGUGCCAUCACUGCAGCAAGGCCUACAAGUCCAAGGCAGGGCUUGCCUACCACCUCCGAUCUGAGCAUGGGACGGAAGAGCAGACAAGGAGGUCACAGCUCCAGUGCGAGGAGGAGAGACCAGAGAGGCUGAAGGAAAUGAAUCUGGAGUCCAGCAAGGCCCGCAGGGUCCAGAGGAAGUCAGCCAAGAUGGCCAUCUACUACCUGCAUGAGCUGGCCAGCACAGAGCUGGCCAAGGAGUGGCCCAAGAGGAAGGUGCGGGAGGACCUGAUCCCCGACGAUCGGAAGCUGAAGUACACCCGCCCGGGACUGCCUACCUUCAGUCAGGACAUGCUGGGCAAGUGGAAGUCGGACAUCAAGGUGCACAGAAGGGUCCAUUGUCCCAAUAAGGGCUGCGAGUCGGUGUAUGGCACCGUUGCGGGGCUCAAGGUUCACCUCACCACCUGCACCCUGGGAGACUUUGUGGCUGGGAAAUACAAGUGUCUCUUGUGCGACAAGGAGUUCAUCUCGGAGAGCGGGGUCAAGUACCACAUCAAUGUCCAGCACAGUGAGGACUGGUUUGACAUGGACAUGAAGACCACCAAAAGCUUUGAGAAGCUGAUGAAAACCCAGCGGGGAGGGGAGGAGCCGCGGAAGAAGCGUCUGUCGGCCCGGGGCCGGAAGAAGAGGCACGGACCCACAUCUGCCAAGAAGCCGCCCGGUGCUAGGGCCGAGACACCACCAGAGGCCGACACACCUCCCGGUGCUGGGGCCGAGAAGCUGCCCGGGGCCAAGAAGCCGCACGGCACCAAGAAGCCACCUAGGGCCGAGAAGCCGCCCAGCGCUGGGGCUGAGAAGCCGCCCAGCACUGAGAAGUCGCCCAGCACCAGGGCUGAGAGGGGCCUGCGGAGGAGCCUGAGGGGCCACCCCCCAAGCACUGAGGAGAGCAAGAGCAUCAAGGAGGAGGAGAAGCCCCUGCCUACCCCCCGAGCAGCCACCCCUCGAGCAGCUAUGCCCAAAGCCGCCCACCGCCGGGGCAGGAAGUAGAGCACAGAGGGCAGGUGCAUAAAGCUUCCCUGCUGCUGCAGUGCCCUGGCCAGCGCACCGGCCGUGUACCUAGUGUAGCAUGGGCCUGGGGCCCGUCAUGCUUGUUUAGUGCUUUUCAACAUUGCUGUGCUCUGUCUUGUCAUUGUCAUCCUCGGGUCGGUGAGGGCAGAGCUGCCGCCCCUCAAGCCACGUGGGCAGGGCGCUGGAGGAGCCUCUGGGGCUGUGCAGAAGCUCUGGUGCAUGUGGCUGCCCUCAUGGCUGCUGCCACGCUUGGGCCUCCUGCUCCCGCACCCACAUCUCCUCGAGCCCAGCUUGCCAGAGAGCAGCAGAGCAUCCCUGCCUCGUGCAGGCGCCGCAGGCUGAGAGCAGGUGGCUGUCAGGGAGCAGUCGUGCUUGACCUGGGAGAGGCUUACUUUGGUCCUGGCAGCAGCAGAGCAGCCAGAGCCCAGUGCUCCUGUGUGUCCGUCCUGCUGGGCAGCUGCAGGCUCAUCGCCAGUGCCCUCUGCCCUGGGUGGCUAGUAGGAGCCAUGUGUGUGUGGGCAAGGCCCCUGGGGGUGGCAGGGCACAGCCGAGGGGCCCUGCCCUCAUCUGACUGCACCCUGAGCCCUGCUGGGUGCCCCUGGGUUAACACCAGCAGGGUCUGGGUUUCCCCACCCAGAUGAAAUGGGUGUUGGGUGCACAGCAGCAGGGGCAGGAUCAGAGCCCGGUGAGUUAGUGCCCCCAGGGGGAGCCUGCAGGGGCUGUGUGUGGUUGCAGGUGCUGGGGGCCCUUGUGAAUCUGGCUGAACUCACCUCCCACCGCGUCUGGUGGUCAUGAGCCCCACAAUUCAAUGCCACCCUGGGGGACAAGAACAGCCUUGCCUUAGCUUUCAACUAACAUUCCCCUGAAUCCCAUCUAAUGGGUGGACACUUCCCCCAGUCUGUUCAGGUCACUGGUUCCCAGCCCUGCCUGCCAGAGUCUUCAAUGCCAGUGCCACCCAUGCAUUGCACUUGUGCCUAUCAUCCAGAUCAUUAGUGGAGAUAUUAAACAGGCCUGGGGCCAGGACAGAGCCCUGGGGAACCACACCUGGACAUGGCCAUUGCACACUACCCACUGGGCACCAUGGUUCACGUAGCUG